AUGAAAAAGUUUGAUCAACAGCUAAUUGAGCAUAUUCUUAAGAAGAGGUUUUUCAUAGCACAGUCUGCACACAUAUAUGGUGGAGUGUCAGGUCUCUAUGACUUUGGACCACCAGGAUUGUCAUUGAAAGCAAACAUGUUGUCUUUGUGGAGAAGACAUUUUGUGGUUGAAGAAGACAUGUUGAAGAUAGACACAACGGCAAUGCUGCCAUACAGUGUCCUGAAAGCGAGCGGACAUGUGGAUAAAUUCUGUGACAUUCUUGUGUUUGAUGAAGAGUCUGGAGAGUGUUUCCGUGCAGACCAUUUGAUUUCUGCAGUGUUGGAGAAGAUGGAGCAAACCGAUGAGGUUAUUAGUGACUUGAGAAGAGUAGAUUGUAUGACUUGUGAAGAGGUGGAUGCAACAAUUGAGAAAUAUGACAUUAGAGGUACUUCUGGAAACAAACUCAAGCAGUCUCAGCAGUUUAAUCUUAUGUUUGGAACAAAGAUAGGAUAUAAGGGAGACCAAUGGGUGUUUUUACGACCUGAGACAGCACAAGGGCAAUUUUUGAAUUUUAAGAAGCUUUAUGAAUAUAACAAUGAGAAUCUACCUUUUGCAUCUGCAUCUAUUGGAAGAGCGUAUAGAAACGAGAUCAGCCCAAGGGGUGGGCUAAUAAGAGUGAGAGAGUUUGAGCAAGCAGAGAUUGAACACUUUGUACUAGAGGAUGAAAAGAAUCACCCGAAGUUUGCAUCGGUUGGAGGCCUUGUGUUAAGACUUCUUUAUGGAGACAAAGAUGUAGAAAUGGCAUUGGGAGAUGCAGUGAGACAGGCAAUUGUGUUUAACGAGACUAUUGGAUAUUUUAUUGGAAGGACAGCGCUGUUUUUCAAGGAUCUCGGGAUGGAUAUGAGCAUGGUUAGGUUCAGACAGCACAAGAAAGAUGAAAUGGCACAUUACGCAAAGGACUGCUGGGACGCAGAAAUAUACACUUCUCAUGGAUGGGUUGAAUGUGUUGGAAUAGCAGAUAGGUCUUGCUAUGAUCUUAAGUGCCAUGAGGAGAUGUCUGGCAUUAGCCUGAGGAGCAAGCGAAGAUUAGCCGAACCCAGGGAAGUUGAUGAAUGGGUACUGAAGUUGAACAAAAAGGAAUGGGGCCCUAGAAUUCGAGAAAAAUUUGGAGAGUUUGAGGAGAUUGUUUUGUCGACCUCCCAAGAGUUUAUUCAGAAAAAUUUGGUUUGUUCAGAAGGAAGAUCAUAUGUUAGAUUUCAAUAUGACGGACAUGAUGUUGAUGUGGAAUGCUUGAGAAGUAAGAAGAUGGUGCAUGUUGAGAAUGUAAUUCCAGAUGUGGUAGAGCCUUCGUUUGGAGUUGGGCGCAUCCUUUAUGCAUUGAUAGAGCAUUCUUUCUAUUCAAGAGAAGAUAUGAAGCCUGUAUUUAGAUUCAAACCAAUGGUUGCGCCUAUCCAAUGUGCUAUUGGAUAUUUGAUUUAUUCUGAUGAAUAUUAUGAACAUAUUAUAAGGAUAAAGAAGUAUUUGUCUGAAAAAGGAUUUGUAGUGCAGGUUAAUGAGCGUUCAUGCAGCAUUGGCAGAAAGUAUGCAUCAUGCGAUGAACUUGGGAUUCCGUUUUUCAUUACUUUUGAUCCUGGAUUUGCAAGCGAUAGGAUGGUGACGAUCAGGGAAAGAGAUAGCAUGAAGCAGGUAAGAGUCGAUGUUGAUGACUGCCAUUUGAUUGUUGAGGGAUACAUCAAUGGGAAAACCAAAUGGGAUUAA